CAAUGAAGAUUUCACAUGUCUAUCACUGCAAGGUACUUCUAUGGGAAGAAAGUAGAAGGUGUAGCCUUUGUCCUCUUUGGAGUGAAACUUGAUGAUGAGAAAAAGAGUAUUCCAGACUCACUCAGGAGAAUUCAAAUUGUUGAUGGGGAAGGGGAGGCAGCACUCACAAAAGCCAUGCUUCAGACCCGAUUUCGCAACACCAAUGAGCUUGUCGGACACUCUCUCUACAUCUCUGUAACAGUGAUGACAGAGUCCGGAAGCGACAUGGUGGUGGCUGAGAAAGGAGGCAUUAGCAUCGUGACAUCCCCCUAUCAGCUCCACUUCACAAAAACCCCAAUGUUCUUCAAGCCGGGGAUGCCCUAUGGACUGAUGGUAUACGUCACCAACCCUGAUGGCUCCCCAGCUACUCAGGUCCCUGUGGUAUCAGAGCCCAUUCAGGCUCAGGCCACCACCCAGAAUGAUGGGACUGCCAAGCUGAUCCUGAACACACCAGCAAACAUCAAUGAGCUAAGAAUCACCGUAAAAACCAAAAAAGAGGAGCUCCCAGCUGAACGCCAGGCAACCAGGACCAUGGUGGCAACAGCCUACCAAACCCAGGGAGGAUCUGGGAACUAUCUCCAUUUAGCAAUCACAGCUACUGAGCUCAAGGCUGGGGAUGACUUGCCUAUCAACUUCAACGUGAGAAGCAACAAUCAAAAUGUGCUGAACCAGGAAGGAGAUUUCACCUACAUAAUCGUGACUAAAGGGAAGAUACACAAGGCUGGGAAGCAAACCAAGGCUGCCGGACAGAAUCUAGUGACCAUGUCUCUGCCUAUCACUCCAAAUCUCAUCCCUUCCUUUCGUAUUGUGGCUUACUAUCAUGUGGGGAACAAUGAAAUUGUGGCCGACUCUGUCUGGGUGGAUGUGAAGGAUACCUGCAUGGGAACGCUGGUUGUGAAAGGAGCAACUGCGGCUGACAAUCGAAUUCACCAGCCAGGACGUCCAAUGAAAAUCAAAGUGGAAGGGGAUGCAAAUGCUCGGGUUGGUCUUGUGGCUGUGGACAAAGCUGUCUAUGUCCUGAACAGAAAGUAUAAGCUGACUCAGACUAAGGUUUGGGACACGGUAGAAAAGAGUGACAUUGGCUGUACUGCUGGCAGCGGUAGGAACAACAUUGGGGUGUUUGAAGAUGCUGGGUUGGCCCUGGAGACCAGCAACAAACUUUCCACAAAACAAAGAUCAGAUUUAAAGUGCCCCCAAGUUGCAAGAUGGAGACGUCGCCGCUCUAUACAGCUCCUUGAAUCUAAAACAAGCAAAGCGGCCCAGUAUGCAGACAAGACCCUAAGGAAGUGCUGUGAAGAUGGCAUGUUUGAGAAUCCUAUGGGGUACAGCUGUGAGAAGCGUGCCGAAUACAUAGAUGAUCAGAACGAGUGCAAAACUGCUUUCCUUGAAUGUUGCCGCUUUAUUAAAAGCAUACGGGAUGCGAAUCAACGAGAAGAUCAACUGCAUCUGGCAAGAAGUGAUAAUGAAGAGUUUAUCAUGGAUGAGGAUGAUAUUGUCUCCAGGUCUGAAUUUGCAGAGAGCUGGUUGUGGGAAACCAAAGUGCUGACUGAACGUCCAAAUGCUCAGGGGAUCUCAUCCAAGACAGUGUCUUUUUACCUGAAGGAUUCCAUCACAACCUGGGAGGUGUUGGCUGUGAGCAUUUCAGAAACAAAAGGGAUCUGUGUGGCUGACCCUUAUGAAAUAACAGUCAUGAAGGAGUUCUUCAUUGACCUAAAGCUGCCCUACUCAGUAGUGAGGAAUGAGCAGGUGGAGAUUCGGGCUGUUCUCUACAACUAUGGAAUGCAAACAAUCAAGGUGCGAGUGGAGCUGAUUCACAACCCAGCCUUCUGCAGCGCUUCCACAGCCAAACAACGCUACCGUCAGGAUAUCAUUAUUAAAAACCAGUCCUCCACUGCAGUGCCAUUUGUACUGGUCCCACUGCAACUGGGACUCCAUGACAUUGAGGUCAAAGCAGCUGUCUGGAAUGUGAUGAUGGCGGAUGGUGUGAAGAAGAAGCUGAGGGUUGUGCCUGAAGGAAUGCAGAGAAUACUUACUAAUGUCAUUCAACUGGAACCCGAUGUAAAAGGAAAAAAUGGAGUCCAGGAAGAGUUGGUGAAAGCUAAUCCUUUAGUGGAUAUUGUUCCUGGGACGGAAACCGAGACCAAAAUUAGCAUCCAAGGAGACCCUGUGGCUCAGAUUGUUGAAGAGUCCAUUGAUGGAAGCAAUCUGAAACAUCUCAUCAUAACCCCUUCUGGCUGUGGGGAGCAGAACAUGAUCACUAUGACACCUUCAGUUAUCGCCACCCUCUAUCUUGACACCACCGAACAAUGGGAGAAGGUCGGUGUGGGUCGCAGGAGUGAGGCAAUCAAACAGAUUGAGCAAGGUUAUGCCCAGCAGAUGGCAUACAAAAAAACAGAUCAUUCCUAUGCUGCAUGGAUAGACCGUCCAUCUAGCACUUGGCUAACAGCGUAUGUAGUGAAGGUCUUUGCCAUGGCUUCCAAGAUUGUAUCUACUAUUAGUGUAGACAUUGUCUGUGGAGGUGUGAAGUGGCUGGUUCUAGAGAAGCAAAAGUCAGAUGGGACUUUCAUCGAAGAUGCCUAUGUGAUUCAUGGAGAGAUGGUGGGAGGCUAUAAAGGUGCUGAACCAGAGGUGUCAUUAACAGCUUUCGUCCUGGUUGCAUUGCUGGAAUCCAAAAGCCUCUGUAAGGAUCAUGUCAAUGUAAGUACAUCUGUAGUGAGAACGAUUAAGAGAGGUGGCUGUUUCUCAAUUUUUCUGGGCCAUCUUCUCUCUGCUCCUGAUUCUAGGUAUCUUGGUGAAGUUGAUGCUACAAUGUCAAUCAUUGAUGUCUCCAUGCUCACUGGUUUUGCACCUGACGUCAGUGACCUUAAAAGGCUUUCUAAAGGAGUUGACAGAUAUAUUGCCAAGUUCGAAAUUGACAAAGGCUACUCUGAAAGGGGGAACCUCAUCAUUUACUUGGACAAGGUCUCUCACUUGAAAGACGAAUGUGUACAAUUUAAAAUUCACCAGUUCUUUGAAGUUGGUCUCAUUCAGCCAGCUUCAGUGAAGGUCUACAGCUAUUAUAAUCUAGAUGAGCAGUGCACCAAGUUUUACCAUCUGUCCAACGAAAGUGGCCUCCUCAGUAAUAUAUGCCAUGGAGACGUUUGCCAAUGUGCAGAAGGACAGCUCGCGUGAGCUCUGCACGCCCCUUCUGCUGGACAUACGAAGAACACCAAGGCUGCCUUUAUAAAAACUGCUCUUCCCUCCACUUGUUGUUUUUGGAGGACAAGGAGGACUUUGAGGCUUGGCUCCAGAGGCCACUCCCUUCCUUCUAAUUAUAUCCUGCUGGAGGUAGGAAGAAUACCAAGGUGGGAGAGCCAAGAUGGCACUGGUGUGAUAGGAGGUGUUUUUAAUGAGCUCUGGGGUAUUUUUCUGUUCUGUUAUUUUAUUUUGAUUGUGCUGUCCAAAUGGCUGUAAUAAAGUUAUUAUUAUUAUUUUGAU